CAACCCGCAUACUGUCCUCUCCAUCCCCCACAACCUCUUCUUCUGCCCUGCUACUAGCUGCAUCCAGGCGCCUAUAGCUGCUAGUUAUCAACAAAGAACAAUCAACCAUGGCGUCUAGCAGGCCUCUCAUCAGCAGCAGCACGUCGAUGACCAUGGGCAUUGCUGCGCUCGUCUUCAUCUCGGCGGCCGCUUCCGGCGCCAUGGCUGCUGGGCUGCAGAUGGAUUUCUACAGCAGCAGCUGCCCGCAGGUGGAGCAGAUCGUCAAGGAGGAGAUGGUGGAGAUCCUGACGGCGGCGCCGUCGCUGGCCGGGCCGCUGCUCCGCCUCCACUUCCACGACUGCUUCGUCCGGGGUUGCGACGCCUCCGUGCUGCUGGACUCGACGCCCACCAGCACGGCGGAGAAGGACGCCAAGCCCAACCUCACCCUGCGCGGCUUCGGCUCCGUGCAGCGGGUCAAGGACCGCCUCGAGCAGGCCUGCCCGGGCACCGUCUCCUGCGCCGACAUCCUCGCGCUCAUGGCGCGCGACGCCGUCGUGCUCGCCAGCGGGCCCUCCUGGCCCGUCGCCCUCGGCCGCCGCGACGGCCGCGUCUCCGUCGCCAACGAGACCAAGCAGCUGCCGGCGCCCACCGCCAACUUCACCACCCUCGUCCGGAUGUUCGCCGCCAAGGGCCUCGACGUCAAGGACCUCGUCGUGCUCUCCGGCGGCCACACCCUCGGCACCGCGCACUGCAACCUCUUCAGCGACCGCCUCUACAACUUCACCGGCGCCAACAACCUCGCCGACGUCGACCCGGCGCUGGACGCCGCCUACCUGGCCCGCCUGAGGUCCCGGUGCCGGAGCCUCGCCGACAACACCACGCUCAACGAGAUGGACCCCGGCAGCUUCCUCAGCUUCGACGCCAGCUACUACCGCCUGGUGGCCAAGCGCCGGGGGCUGUUCCACUCGGACGCCGCGCUGCUCACCCACCCGGCCACCAGGGCCUACGUCCAGCGCCAGGCCACCGGCCUCUUCGCCGGCGAGUUCUUCCGUGACUUCGCCGACUCCAUGGUCAAGAUGUCCACCAUCGGCGUGCUCACCGGAGCGCAGGGCGAGAUCAGGAACAAAUGCUACCUCGUCAACUAGCUAAUUAAGAUAACCACCAUGCAUCAUCAUCGAGCUCUUUUGCUGCUGCUGCUGCUGCUUCCGUUGUUUUCUUCAUUUGCAUUGCAUUGCAUUGGUCUAUUCGAUUAUUCGUUGCUUGCAUUGGUUAAUACAUAUACAUACAUACAUACAUGAUCAGUACUAUCAAUACGUUCUAAAAAGUUAUUUUGCUUUGACUCUGGCUGUCAGUAACUGCUGCUGUUGCCAAUAUAUAUGUUGUAACUAAUGUAUAUGUAGACUGAGUGCCUUUAUUUAAUUUCUGCAGUUUCUUUUGGAUCUUUUUUCUUUCUUUGCUUUGUGGUUCAAAUGCUUGAUGACACAGUGAUGUAAUGUAAUAAUGAAAAUCAAGGUAAUAAACUAGUAUAUUAUCAUAUAUUCACAA